AAACUGUGCUCCCACCCCAGCACGGGAACUGCAGGAGGGGAAGGGGCCUGGCUGCCCCCAGCAGCGCUGACCUUGAUGCCAGCUGCAGAGAGCUGGGCAGGGUCAGUGUCCGCCGGAACGUGACAGCGUGGGCAGGGAUGGGGCUGCUGGGGUGGGGCUGCUUCCUCGUCGGGUCCAGGCUGGCUGCUGGGCUGUGCUGAGGCCCACCAGGACAGGCAGGUGAGCAGGGAGCUGCUGGGGCUGAGCACCAUGGCAUGGGAAGAACGUGGGUUUCCAUAUCCCAGCUCUGGGGAAGAGCGAGGUGCAGGGGCUUGGCUGCAGCCCAGUCAAGGAGAAGGCAGGUGGUGCUGCCAGGACAGGUCCAAGCCCUGCUUCUCCCUCUGCCACAGGCUGACAGCAUGUCUGAGGUGGGAAACGGCACCCUGACCACCCAUGUGCUGAACACGGCCAUGGGGCUGCCGGCAGCCGGCCUUGCUGUCCGGCUGGCCCAGCUGCAGGAGCCGGGGCCGCAGUGGACGGAGCUGGCACAGAGGUACACGGAUGCGGACGGGCGCUGUCAGCCCCUCCUGGCACCGGGACAGGCCAGGUCUGGCACUUACAAGCUGCACUUUGAGACAGCCGAGUACUGGCGGGGUCUGGGGUACACCAGCUUCUACCCCUUCGUGGAGGUUGUCUUCAUCAUCACCGACCCGGCACAGAAGCUCCAUGUCCCGCUCCUGAUCAGCCCCUACUCCUACACAACCUACCGGGGCAGUUAGAGGGGCUCUGCCUUCCCCUGGGGACACAGGAAUGGUGCCACUGAUGCCAUUAAAAACUCCACACAGCA